AUGGCUGCCCGUAACACCCUCCGUCGCUCGCUGCUAUACGUCCCCGGAUCCUCCCAGCGCUUCCUUGAUAAGUCCCGCUCUCUAGCAGCAGACUGCGUCACAUAUGACCUGGAAGACAGCGUCACCCCGCACAUGAAGGCGGAGGCCCGCAGCCUAGUGCGCAGAGCAAUUGACCAGCCCGCACCAGCAGGAAUCCGGGAACGCGCAGUCCGGAUCAAUUCCGUGGAUAGCGGACUGGCGCUAGGAGAUCUUACCGAAGUGCUCCAAUCACCCAACCUGACAACCAUCGUUAUUCCCAAGGUCAAUUCCGCCUCGGACCUUACCUUUGUUACAGACGUAAUCACGCACACCCUCGCCGCGCAACAACAGUCACCAGAAUCACGCCCUCCGAUUUCGCUCCUCGCCCUUGUCGAGUCCGCCAAAUCACUAACUAACCUAUCUCAAAUUUGCUCCGCGUCCCCGCUCCUCCAAGGCUUGAUCUUUGCGGCCGAAGACUUCGCCCUAGACCUAAGCAUAACUCGCACGCCCUCACUAUCCGAAUUCCUCUUCGCGCGCUCCGCAAUCGCGACAGCCGCUCGCGCAGCCGAUCUUCCUUCGACGAUCGAUCUUGUCUGUACAUCCUACAAAUCCAACAAAGCAGACGGAUCGCCGCCAGCCGCAUUGGAAGAGGAGUGUCGGGAUGGUAGGAGACUCGGAUUCAAUGGGAAGCAGUUGAUUCAUCCGACGCAGGUGAAAGUUGCGAACGCGAUCUUCGGACCCGAUAUUGAGGAGUCGAAGUGGGCUAUGCGCGUCGUGAUUGCGGAUGAGAAGGCCGCUGCAGCGGGGCGAGGGGCUUGGACUUUGGAUGGAAAGAUGAUUGAUGUGCCUGUUGCUAGGAAGGCGAGGGCUAUUGUUGACAAGGCGGAAGCUUGUGGUGUAGAUGUUAGGGCUUUGCGGGAGGAGUGGAAGCAUCAGGAGCCAGAGUGA